UAGACGCUGAUCAUUUUCACAGGAAUAAUUCAGCAGAUUGAUUUUUUUUUAAUACUUUUUUUAGUGUUUUAUAACAAGAGAAGUGAAAUUGGUUUGAAUUUUCAAAAAGUAUGUAUUUAAUGCACGAGUUGACCUGCGCACUACGAUGACACAAACUACAGCGAAAAUUGAGCAACUAAAAACAUAACGGUUUCUUUCCUCUUUUAUGCCAACAACCGGAUACUCAUGUCGCUCGACUCCUUAAAGGGAUGGAUGUGUAUGUUGGAUGAGGAUGAAGAGUGGAGGAAGUACUGGUUUGUAAUCACAGAUUCAGGACUGAGAUACUAUAGAGACGCCGAGGCUUUAAAGAGAGAUGAGUCAGACGGUGAGAUUUAUUUACAUCACUGUCUGGGUGUGGAGGAAUUCGAUGCAGACAAAGACUAUGGACUUCAACUACAUAUGCACGAUGGGCUGGUGACCCUUUCAGCCAUGACCUCCAGGAACAGAAGAAACUGGAUAAACGUACUGAGGAGCCGAAUUUCCUAUGGGGAUUCAGCUGAAAGCAUACAUGACAACAGUGACAGCAGUGACAACUCUGGUUUCCUGAAUGCAUCCUCUCAAAACGCUAUCGCACCACAACAUCAGCACAACCCGGGGUCAGAUAACAGCGGCCCAUAUCAAGGCGAACCCGACAUGACGUCAUCACCUUUAAGCAAUCGCAGAGAGGCCGGCGAAGGGCGUGACAAGGACCAAGAGAGGCGACUGGAGGAUCGAACCAAGUGGUUCCAGGAGGGUGUUUCGGACCGGGAGGGUGAGGACCCCUGGGAGAGGGUGGAGCUGAAAAAAGGUUCAUUGAAUCCAACGGUUCUGACCCGUCCUCAGGUUGAUGAUCUACAGACUGGGCCAGACAUAGAGAGAAAAUGGGCAGAUUUCGAGCAGCUUCCAUUUGGUGAAUUGAGGACGCUGUCAUCAGGAGGUUCCCAAACUCCAGAGGCGACAAAUGAGAUUCUUCAGCAAGAGGUUCUUUCUCUGAGGCAACAGAUUGAUGCUCUUCGGCAGAGACGUGUGGCGGCCAGCAGCGCUGGUCUUUGCGGUCCUGACGCACCCUGCUCUCUUAGACUGGAGCAGAUUGAGAGAGAGCACCAAGAGAGAUUGCGGGAGAUACAUGAGAAGCACGAGAGAGACCGCAAAGAGAUGGAAAGAGACAAACAGAGACUCCUCCAAGAGGAGGCGCACAAUACUGUUCAAGCUAUGGAGGCUUUGAGGAAGUCUCAUCAAGAGGAGAUCGAGAAACUGAGGAGGUACGGUGGCGAAGAGCCAACAGACCCAUCAAUAAAAAAACAGCUGCGUGAGUCUCUCUCUCUGCAGCGUGAGGUGGACGGUCUGUCCGAGCGUUACUCUCAGCAGUGUAUGGAGCUCAUCCACAGUGCUGAAGAUAGAGAGGGAGAGAUCCGUAAGAAAGAGAGAGAGAUGGAGCAGCUCAGAGGAGAGAAUCAGGAACUACAGGCGCGUCUGACGGAGGAGAUAAGUCUCAUGCGAUCAUUUAUCACGGGUCAAAGGUCAGGAGUUGUUCCCCUUGGAAGCUACGAAAGGAGCACCUCAGAAUUAGAGAUGUUAUUGAAAGUGAAAGAGAAUGAGGUGGAGUAUCUCCACAAUGAGAUCGGCUGUCUCAAGAAAGAAGUCCAAGCUCUGACUAAGGAAAAUAAAGCCCUGAGUGAGCGCUAUAAGGAGGUCCACGUCGAGCUGAGUGAAUUAAAGGGCCACAGUGAAAGAGAGAUUAAUGCACUUAAAGAACAUCUCAAACUCACCAGCACUGAUCUGGAUGAGGGGCAUCUCCACGGCAACAGCGCCAACCAAUGAAAACAUAACAAGAGGGAUGCUAUUAAAAUAUUUGUGUUUCAUGAUGGUGCAUUAGUUUCUACCUCUGACUGUUUGGUUUUAGUUAUAUACAUAUAUUGAAAGAGACAGACCUGUAAUUGGUUAUAUUUUUUAAACUUAGGCCUAAUUAAAGGUGCAGUGUGUAUAUUCUAGUGGUGAGGUUGCGUAUUGCACCCCUCCCUUUCGAAGAGCAUAGAGCAUUUGUUCUCAAACUUUUUUACUGUGCGGCCCCCUGUGUGCGGUGCAUACCAAAAUGUAUGACAUAAGACAUUCCAAAACUUACAAUUCAAUCAAUCAAAACACAUUAAAUUAUACAUUGUAGUGGGGUCGGUUAGUAGCCUUAUUUUUCUGAGGUUUAAUAACAAAGAAUUUAUGAUAAAUUAAUGUUUCUUAUAAAAUGACAUUAAACGGGGCCAGGGCACAGUUUGAAAACCACUGGCAUAGAAAAGCUAGCCGUCACAGGACAAACCAUAGACUGUAAAAAAAGAUACAUUUUGAGAUACGAGACAUUUUGGCUUCACUUUUCAUGGCUUAUGCGUACGCUUGGGACAAAAAUGUCAUUUUCUGAGACAAAGUAAUGACAAACGCACUCUUUAGGGCAGUUUGUCCAUUUAGGGCUACUGUAGAAACAUGAUGGCGCAAAAUGGCGGCUUCCAUGUGGGGACCCGCGGUGUAUAUGUAGAUAAAAACAUCUCAUUCUAAGGUAAUAAAAACAAUGAAGUUCUUUUUGUAAGGUCCUUACACACCACUGAAAACACAGUUAUCUAUAUUAUAUUGCAUUGCUGUCAAAAGAUCCUUCUAAAAAUUACACACUGCACCUUUAAGUUUAACUAUUUAAGAAUUGAUAUUUAAUAUUUAUGUUAAACAUGAAAAAAUCU